UGUACUGGGAGCGUCCCCGUUGGCCCACAGUGAGACCGCUGCAGUUCCGCCUCCCUCCUGCAGGGGGAGACCUGCUCACUUCAGAGACUGCAGGAGAGGUGCGCUGCGCAUGCGCACCGGACGCAAACAAAGGGGCAUGCCACCAUGACGUUAGGAGAAGUGUGAGAGCAGCGAAUUUAUCGAUUAUCACUGAUGAUAACUGAUCUCUGAUCGGAUAUCUGAAGCGGUCUCUGUGACGCAGUUCCGGUGUGAUGACGAAGAAACAACAUGGAGUCUGUGAAGAAACGUCUGACUGAGUUUUCACUGGAGGCUCACGAUUUGUAUCUGAACCAAUCAGUGCCUUACCUGGAGGAGCCACCUGACCCGCUGCAGUUCUACCGCGACUGGAUUGGACCAAACAAGCCCUGCAUCAUCCGCAACGCCAUCAACCAUUGGCCAGCUCUGUCCAGUUGGAGCCUGGAGUACCUGAGGGAGAAAGUGGGGUCAAAGGUCAUCAGUGUGGCAGUGACUCCUAACGGCUAUGCGGACGCCGUUAGCGGCGGUCACUUCAUGAUGCCUGAGGAGAGACGGAUGAGUUUCUCUUCUGUACUUGACAUCAUCGAGGGGAAGGUGCCGGCAGGUGGCGCUGUGUUUUACGUUCAGAAACAGUGUUCUAACCUGCUCGACGAGCUCCCGGAGCUCACAGACGACGUGGAACCUCAUGUUUCCUGGAUGAGUGCUGCACUUGGAAAGUUACCUGAUGCCGUGAAUUUCUGGCUCGGAGAGGCGAGUGCCGUCACCUCCAUGCACAAAGAUCACUAUGAGAACCUUUACUGUGUGAUUUCUGGAGAGAAAAACUUCAUCCUGCUGCCGCCCACAGACCGACCCUUCAUUCCCUACGGUCAGUAUCAGCCAGCUGUUUACCAUCAGAUGGACAACGGUGAGUUUGAGGUCAUCGAUCACAGCAGCUCUGAGAAGAUCCCUUGGAUCCCUCUGGACCCUCUGGACCCAGACCUGAAGCGGUACCCACAGUACCGGAGAGCUCGGCCACUCCGCUGCACCGUGAAGGCCGGAGAGAUGCUGUACCUGCCGUCACUGUGGUUCCACCACGUAAGGCAGUCACAUGGCUGCAUCGCAGUGAACUUCUGGUACGACAUGGAGUACGACAUCAAGUACAACUACUUCCAGCUGCUGGAGAAACUGUCUGAGGUCACAGGGUCAACGUGACAUCACAGCGUCAAGUGACCCAGUGAAGCUACUGGAAAAUAAAAUAAAAACUGCACACUGAAAUGUGACAGACAGAA